GUGAGAAGUUUUGGGUAAAGGCUGUAAACAGCCUUGAGCAAGGAGGGAGACCUAAGUGCAAGUCCGGACAGAGGCCGGCGGGCUCACUUUGCAAGGUAGAGCAAUCGCCAGAGGAGGUUGGCGUGGAAUGAGAUGAGGCUGCUCCGAAAGAACUGGGCUGUAACCCCUUCCAGACCGCUGACCACGCCCCUCUAGCUGGUCCCAAGAUUGCUGUUGGCGUGCUGGAUGGAGCCUGUCUCUGUCCUCCGUUGCGUUUCCAGUUUUAUAUAAUGCUUCACAUCUCUGCUCCCCUGGGACCUCCUGGAGUCCCCAUGAUCCUGAAGAAGACAGUUUGAAUCUAGACCCCAGCACAGGAUGUUGCGGAGGUUGCUGGAGCGGCCCUGCACCCUGGCCCUGCUUGUGGGCUCCCAGCUGGCAGUCAUGAUGUACCUGUCGUUGGGGGGCUUUCGAAGCCUCAGUGCCCUCUUUGGCCGAGAGCAGGAGCCGGCAUUUGACUAUUCUCAUCCCCAUGAUGUCUACAGUAACCUCAGUCACCUGCCUGGGGCCCCUGUUGCCCCAGGGGGCCUCCCAGCUCCUCAAGGCCUGCCAUACUGUCCCGAACGAUCUCCUCUCUUAGUGGGUCCCGUAUCCGUGUCCUUUAGCCCAGUGCCAUCGUUGGCAGAGAUUGUGGAGAGGAAUCCCCGGGUAGAACCAGGGGGCCGAUACCGCCCUGCAAGGUGUGAGCCCCGGUCCCGGACAGCCAUCAUUGUGCCCCACCGUGCCCGGGAGCACCACUUGCGCCUGCUGCUCUACCACCUGCAUCCGUUCCUGCAGCGCCAGCAGCUUGCUUAUGGCAUUUAUGUCAUCCACCAGGCUGGAAAUGGAACAUUUAACAGGGCAAAGCUGCUGAAUGUUGGGGUGCGGGAGGCCCUGCGUGAUGAAGAAUGGGACUGCUUGUUCCUGCAUGAUGUGGAUCUCCUGCCAGAGAACGACCACAAUCUGUAUGUGUGCGACCCCCGAGGACCUCGGCACGUUGCUGUUGCCAUGAACAAGUUUGGAUACAGCCUCCCGUAUCCCCAGUACUUCGGUGGGGUCUCGGCGCUCACUCCUGACCAGUACCUGAAGAUGAAUGGUUUCCCCAAUGAAUACUGGGGCUGGGGUGGUGAGGAUGAUGACAUUGCUACCAGGGUUCGCUUGGCUGGGAUGAAGAUCUCUCGUCCCCCCACAUCUGUGGGACACUAUAAGAUGGUGAAGCACCGAGGAGAUAAGGGCAACGAGGAAAACCCCCACAGAUUUGACCUCCUGGUCCGUACCCAGAAUUCCUGGACUCAAGAUGGAAUGAACUCACUGACAUACCAGUUGCUGUCUCGAGAGCUGGGCCCUCUCUAUACCAACAUCACAGCAGACAUUGGAACUGACCCUCGGGGUCCCCGGACUUCCUCUGGUCCCCAUUACCCGCCUGGUUCUUCCCAAGCCUUCCGUCAGGAGAUGUUGCAUCGCCGGCCCCCAGCCAGGCCUGGCCCUCUGCCUACUGCCAACCACACAGCUCCCCAUGGUUCACACUGACUCCUUAAUCAUGAAACUGAAUCUUUCCCACUUUAAUCAUGAAACUGAAUCAGAGGGGUUAUAUUUUCCCCACCCUCAGCUCCUCACUGCUCUUAGAGGGAUGUGGGGGAACUGAACUUUACUGCUGUGCUGGGGGCAGGGGCCUCUCCUCACUGCUGGACUGGAGCUGGGCUCCUCUGGCCCUGGGGGGUCUCUCUUUCUAGGGUCACCUGCCAGGGCUUAUGACUGUGAAUCCUUGAUGUCAUGACUUAUGUGAUGACUCCUAGGAGUCCCCUGCCCAUGGGGUAGGAGCAGGGCUGGACCCCAAAUCCCUUCUUCUUCCAUGGAGAGAAGAGUGAUCUGGCUUCUCCCGGGACCUCUGUGAAUAUUUAUUCUAUUUAUGGUUCCCAGGAAGUGUGUUUGAAGGAAGCCCCUCCCUGGGUGCUUUCUGCCAGUAAUGGAGUAGCUCCCUCUUUCGGACCUGGCUCAGGGGGCUGGGAUUUUGAUAUAUUUUCUAAUAAAGGACUUUGU